UGGUGACCGUAAGGCAAUUUUCCUUUAACUGGCGCAUAUUUAACAAACUAUUUCGUAGCGUGUAUGAAACGUUAACAGCAAUAUGACAAGUUUAAUGGAAUUAAUAAGACGACUGCAUGAAGAACGACUGUUUAUUAAAUCUGAGCAGGAUGCAGUUUGGAAACUAAAUGAUGAAGUUCGAUCACGUGUGGAAGCAUUAUCGCAUACAUACUGGGUAACGAGGCAACAUUACUUGAAUCUAAGCCGCUUAAUUGUCAACAGUUCACAAGAAACACCAGCUUUAUGCAAUCGCCGAUCAAAACAGUUGGACAACAUUGAGUUUGUUGAUGGAUAUAAAGAACUUGGUUACCAGGAGUCCAUGUACUCACAGUUUAUUGAAGCCUUUAUUAACAAUCCCACAUUCGCCGCUGCAUGUUUGGCUUAUGGAGAUAAACUUGGGUUAGAUUCCACAUCUGAUGUAGCCAGGACCAUGGUUAUGGGAUGCUAUGGUAAUAAUAUGGUUGCAGAUGAUCACAGGCAAUUACUUGAGUUGAUUGAAACAUUGAUGUUGCUACAACUUGCCACUAUUGAACAACCAAGCAGAUUGCUACAAAAAGGAACAUCAGCUUUCUGCACAGUGUUCAAACUUUUUGCUGAAUCCUUAUGGUCAGGAAAACUGUUUCUUAUGUCUGCGUUACACCAACCAAUAAUGGAGAUCAUUAUGGAUCACGAACUAUUCCUUGAAACAAACCCACAAAAAGUUCUAGCCCGACUCAGCUCCAAUGAGAUUGCUAAAAGGUUUGGGAGCCAAGAUACCCCUGCGUUUCAGGAAAAACUGAAGCAGCAUGUUGAACGAACAGAGCAAGCAUUGAUUGACAUUUGUUCUUCAUUUGUUGAUAGUUUGUUACAAACUAUGACGUGCUUCCCACAAAGCCUGAGGUGGAUUAUAUCGAGGGCGUUUCAUAUUGUGAAAGACGCAGGUGUUGUAUCAGAAUCUGAAGCAAGAUCAUUAAGCGCUGAUUUUCUUCUCCAUCAGUUUGUUUGCCCAGCUAUUGUUAACCCUGAAUUAUACGGGGUAACGGGGGAUGUUCCACUAAGUGAUCUAACAAGGUUUAACCUAAUGCAAGUUGCUCAGGUAUUACAAGUGAUGGCACACUGGAAUGAAACUUCCCAACAAAAUGAUUCGUUUUACUCAAAGCUAGACAAGGGCCCAAUGAGAAGGUUAAUAGAUGUUGUGAUUAGCCCAAGCAACCAAGAUUCAACGCCUGACAAUAUAGUUAGCCAACACACUCACACUAAUCGAUCGGUAUUCAUCACAAUUAAACAACUGGUGCAACUUAUACAUUUCCUUAAUGAUCUGCAGAAAUCUGACGUACGAGGCGUGGACCAAUCAACCCUUGCCGAGAUCUUGAAUCAUCUCCCCGACAAUCCACCUGCAAGUGUUGUGAAGGAGAUGCAAAGUAAUGUCCAACCACCUGACGAUAAUGCUGCAUCUCGUGGCAAUGGUAAUUCUGGUUAUCUUACACCAUCUGGGGGAUCAGCUGGUGACUUACAAGGCAUGAAUAACUCAGGGAAUCUUACUCCAGCUAAAAAGAUAUUUUCAAAAAGUACAAAAAUAAAGAAUCGAUCACCAAAACGAGAUGAAAGUUUAGAAGUGAAUGAAGAUAUUGCAGCCGGAGAUGUUUCUUCUAAUGGUAACAACACCCAACCUGAUACUAUGGGUGUUGUAUUAGUGAUGUCACUUAGUAAUAGUGGACCUGAUCAACAACCUGGGACUCUGGGCGAAGCUGAGGUAUUAGAACUACAAGCCACCCAAACCCUCCCACCCAAUGUAUCAACCAUUGAAGCUGCUUCAUUGGACGAUGCUUCACUAACUGAGGCUGACGGGCUGGAAAAAAGGUCGCGAUUCUCACUUUAUUCUGGAGGCUCGGACCUUAGUGAGGUUGGUGAGGAGCUUCCAACUGAGGAUGGAAUCUCCAGGACUUCCGGAUCAUCUUCCAUUGAUCUUGAUCAGCAGGAGGAAGCAGCUGUGGAUGAUACAAGCAGCUUCCAUGCUAUUAGCUCGCAUGGAAACCAGGAUGAUGAUGAUGACGGUGGUGACCAGGAGAGCGUAACGCACGCAAACAACGACGAAGCUUUAAAAGCUUUAAGGAGAAAACUACCAACCUCACGUGAGAGCAUCGAAGACAAAAUGCGAAAGUUCGAAAUCCGUCAAGAACUUGGGGUUCGUUUCGCGGACCCGGGUGUAACUGACCCACGAAGGGAUGAACCAGGGAACCAACCGGCCCCCGUGGAUGCGCGCAGCGACACAUGGAGCAUGGAUGUUUAUGCUUCGGACUCUGAAGCUCCUGCUGAACAGGAUUCGCAGUCGGAAAGAUUGGAUGAAAUAUCAGAGGAUCCUCCAGGAAGGUUGAGACCAAGCAACAACGGGAGCAUCAGCUCCUUCCUUGCUCUUGCUCGUGACGAAGAUUCAAGGAGUGAUGUAUGGAGUGUGGAGGUGCUGCCUAGCGACAGUGAACCUCCGGACAUUAGAUCAGAGGAUCGGCUGCAGGAGCUUGAAUCGGAGACGGGGACUGCUGCAUCUGAAGAUGUGAUGGAAGACAACAGAUCACGUGCGAGUACCCCAGGAUUAAGCGCGGCAUCCGGGUUUAGUGGAGUAUCGGGUCUAAGUCUUGUAUCUGAUAAUAUUCAAGCUAAAGCAAGUGACGAGCAAUGGAGUCAUUAUGAUCGUAGUUAUGGAAAAUGUCCUUCUAGUAUUAGUCCCGAUGCUGAUGACCUGAUUAACAGAGGAGGGGGGUCUGGGGAAAGCAGUCACACUGGGGGAGGGGGAAGUUCUAACAGUAGUGAGCCUGAUCGUGCUGUGCCGUCAUCAUCCAGUGCUUCCGCAUCACCAAGGUUGGCUGCCAACCAAUCUCCUUUAUUGAUGUCCUCGCGAGCAGAUGGCAACAUCCGGACUUCCGCAUCGUUUGAUGCGAAAAGAGUAGAGAAGAGCGUGGCGUGGAACAUUCCGAAGCAAGAGGACGCUCCGGAUAGCGGGAGUUCUCCAAUGGACUUUGAACACAUCAAUACCAUCAAGAGGAGUCCUUACAAGAAGUCUAGUAAAGAUUCUCGGGAUAAUGCAUCUUUCACCCCACCACCGAGGCCCCCACCCCCACAACAUAAAAACAACCCCACUCCCACCCAACCCUUCACCCCUGAAGUAUUACCCCAACCCCCACCCAUGCAAACCAGCAAGAUAGUUGCAUGGGAUGAAACACCAGAUAAUAAACCAACGGACAAACCUCUACAAACUGUCAAUCAUAACCAGGACUCUCCCUUUGUAGUGGUUAACACACACCCCACUCAUGAUGAUGUGCUAAGUACAUUUGAUCCACUCAGCAAGAAUAAUUCAGCCAUUCCUAAAAUUAACAUGGAUUCUUCACAAAACCAAACAGAUGAGCAAGAAAAAGUCCCAGAGAUAAAACCAUCAGAUACAGGAGCUGCUACAACCGAUAGGCUUGUUAGUGUCAAUACAGCAAACAACCAAAGCACCUCCGCACCUCUUGCCACGAAACCAGAAGAAGGUAACAAUGAAAAUAAACCACAUAAGAAUAACUUACCACAAGGUGCAAGGCCCAAGGAACCAAAUGUACAGGAUGGUAGGAACAAACCACUGGAUCGCAAGAAAUCUUGGUGGAAAACGAACCGAUUUCCGAGCUUUGCGAAACGCAAGGGUGGGUUACCAAGGUUAAAUGGGGGAUAUGAUGGGACGGCAUCGUCAAGCUUUUAUAAUGCAGGAUCUUCACUGGAAAAAGAAAUUCAACUGAAUGAUUCUGAAUUAAGCUCCCCUGGUGAAGACAUCUUACAGAAGUAUCGACAGAAAGUAUCGAACCAACAGAAUGAGAAUGGAGCAGGGGAGCCUGGGUUGGAUCCUGGUAUCUACUCAGGGGAAUCACCUGACCACCAAAAUAUAAGCGGAUCCACAGCAACUGAUGUUCAAUCCCCACUAAGUGACGAUACUGUGACAACUGCAACCCGUGGCGCGUCAUCCAAUUCCUCAUACCACGGCACGUGGCAUGGGACACAUGACAUCAAAUCUCGUGCCACGCCGGCUACAUGUCCCAUGGCUAAGGGAGAAUCGAAAGAAGACACGAAGAGAAAGCUAAGGAAAGCCCUCUCCUUGACCGAACCACCCCCUGAGCCCCCGUCCCCCGCCCUACUUCUACUUGGGGUGAUGUCUCCCAACUCAUCUGAUGCUUUAUUUGUGGAGAAAAGAGGGGGGAGGAAAAACGAUCGGACAAAUCAGAAAGAUCACUUGAUGUCUUUUCUCCGUGGAGCGCAUGCUGAAGCCCUCAUGCUCCACGAUAGAUCAAGGAUUGCUCAUCUUGAUGAAGUGUUAAGGAGCAUCUCCCAACUUGAUGAUGCGGGAUGCAGGGCCAUCCUCCAGAGCAUGUGGAAUGAUUGCAACCACCGUUCAUCAUACGCAGCUUAUUUAAUACGAGCACGACAACAUCUGUUAUCGACGUCAUCGUAUCUACAACACAUGACUACGUGUGCUGAGAUGGAUAAAACAAUUUGCAGGAAAUUCUUCACCUCCCAAUGCGUUCGUAUCUUCCUCAAAGAGAAGGAAAAAGUGGUUUGGGACUUUAGGAAUAGUUUCAUGAGGUUAGGAGCAUCAGAUGAGAAGGUAUCACUUGUUGGUUCGUUUUUAUCGUGGAUCAACUCGAGGAUGGGAGAGGAUCGGAUAUGGGAAGGCGCAAGUGACGAGCAAAUGCUUGAAGCUGAAAGUUGUGUUGAACGCAUCAUCUUCACUUACAUAGAUAAACACGCCAUGUUUCCUAAUGGAGAUGGAGACUUACUUAGAGAUCAGCUGUUCCAUCAACAUAUUUCACGGCUCUCAGCUGUUCUAACACCUCUCCAUCCCUCCCUGCAAGUUCGACGCAAAUAUCUCAAAGAGAGUCCGUGGUUAUCUGCACAAAGAGAAGCGAGGAUGUUAUCUGCUCAUAGAUCUCCUCGUGGGAAGCUGGAUGCUGCUCUCCGAUGUUGCAGAGCGGUGAUGCAUCUUCUUAAACUUGCAGAUGAAAGUGAAGCUCCCGGUGCCGAUGAUUUCACUCCAGUGCUUGUGUUUGUAUUGAUCAAGGCAAACCCAGCCCAUCUACUUUCAACAGUUCAAUACGUUACCAGUUUCGUGGGCGAUCAACUAACGGGCGAGGAGUCUUACUGGUGGAUGCAAUUCACGGCCGCUACUGAGUUUAUUAAAACUAUCGACGAAAGAAAAUAAAUUCCGAAUUUAAAAAAAAUCUAUUUUUAUUUUUUUCAAAAUUUUUAAAUCAUUUCUAUUUUUGUUGUAAUUUGUUACUGAAACGGUCAAAUCGAAAUAAAUUGAAACUCCAUCGGUGCUGGUGAAGCAUGCACCUUAACGUUGCACUUUAUAAUAAACUACGACUACCAACAUAUAUUUUACUCUUCUUCGUAUCGUGCGUACUCAAUACAAUUUGUUUCAUCAAAAA